CCUUAAGCUUUCACACAUCCAUCAUCCUCCCCCAUUGCCCUUGUUUUCAACAACCACUUUUUGUGUGAAAUUUACGCACGCAAAUAAUAAAUAAAAUAAAUAAUUAAUAAUCCUUUUCAAUAAGAGAGACACAUCCUUCACCCUCAAGGACCAAAGACGAUUCAAAGGGGAAAAGAAAAAGAAGAAAAAAAAAAAACGCAAAUUCAACUCCUUCGUCCCCUCUCCUUGUAUUUAGGCAACUGUUGGUGAUUCUGCGUGGACUUGUUCGUUAAUUGUAUAUUUGUCCCAGAUUUUACUAUAUUCUGCUACAUAAUUUGUAACUUAUAUUGGAGCAUUGCAUAAGUGAUUAUCCUAUCAUUCUUUUGUGAAGUCAAGUACAGUUUAUGUGAAUGCAAAUUGAGACUCAGAAGGCACAAAUAGGAAUAUAGUUAGAGCCUAUUUCUUGGUUACCACUGAGCGUGGAAGAUGACUGGUGUUAGGCGCAGAUUAAGUAAAGAUUCAGAUAUCAGUGCUCUACACAAAGAACUGGAUGAAGUUUCAUGUCCUAUCUGCAUGGACCAUCCGCAUAAUGCUGUUCUCCUUGUUUGCAGCUCUCAUGAGAAGGGCUGCAGAUCUUACAUUUGUGAUACGAGUUAUAGACAUUCGAAUUGCCUGGACCGGUUUAAAAAAAUGAGGACCGAUUCUAAUGACAGUCAUAAUUUAUCAAGUUCUUUAGUAAAUACAAACAACUCCGGAUCAAGACAGGGUGAUGCCCAAGAUCCUAGUAGAGGUUUAAACCCACAUGAAGGCAAUUUAGAAAAUGUUGAUUCUGAGACCUUGCAGGACAGGGCUGAACUUGAAGAGUUGAAUGCUGGUAAUUUUGCAUCAAAAUUAAACUUGUCAUGCCCCUUAUGUCGAGGCACAGUACAUAGCUGGGAAGUGAUUGAAGAGGUUAGAGACUAUUUAAAUACAAAGAAGAGAAGUUGCUCUAGGGAGUCAUGCUCGUUUGUUGGUAAUUAUCUAGAACUACGUCUACAUGCCAGAAGAGUUCACCCUACCACUCAUCCCUCUGUUGUUGAUCCUACUAGAGAAAGAGCUUGGCGACAUUUUGAACGGCAGAGAGAAUAUGGUGAUAUUGUUAGUGCUAUUCGGUCUGCCAUACCUGGUGCCGUUGUCGUUGGGGAUUAUGUUAUUGAAAAUGGAGAUGGAAGGUCUUCAAGUGAUAGGGAAGGCAGCCUGGGUGAUGCUAAUGGACCCUGGUUGAGUUUCUUGUUUCAGAUGAUUGACAACAUUGAAACUGUUCCGGAGCCAAGAGCUCGUCGUAGAGCAUGGACAAGGCAUCAUCGCCGACCAUCUAGAGUUGAUCGCCCGUAUCUUUGGGGCGAGAAUUUGUUGGGUCAUCGGGAUAAUGAUCGUGAUGUUGAUGAAGAUGAAUCUCCUGUGCCAAGAAGGCGUCGCCGUCUGAACCGGACUAGGUUCUUUGCAGAUCAACCAUGAGGAUUGCUGCCAAUUAUCUGGUAAAAUUCAUUAGUCCAUCUUGACCGAAAAUUAUGUUAAGAAUUGUGUGUUGGACUUGCCAUUAGCUCACCAGUUGGUUUCUUCCCUAUAAUUGUUCAUCAGUGUGCUGAGCUUGAUAUAAGCGUCAGCUGGGAAACAUGCUUUCAGCAGCUUCCUGAGCGCACUUCGGACCAAGUCUUUGGACCCAACAGAGUGUGCUGAAUGCUGAGAACAAGUUUGAAUAAGAACAGAAGAUCCUUAAACAGCAUGUUCAUUUAACAAAGCUUGUCUAAUGGGGUUUUCGUUGGAGCUCACUUCAACAACUGCCUUGGAAGAAAUUGAUUUUUCUCAAGGCUGACAUAAGGUUGUUACAUUUGUCAUUAAUGUAUAAUUGAUGCUUGUACAUCUGAAUUGUUCAACCUGUUUAUUUCCACUAAAUCAUUGUUCAUUCUAAGGUUGUGGAUAUUGUGGUUUUAUUUGUUGUCUUUUAACAGAAUGAUUGUUCGGGAUCA